CGCUUUAGGGUGACUUAGACUUGGGGCACGUCGAGUUAUCUUUCCUUCCCCGACGUUUCGUGCCUAUCUAUCCUUGGUUGUCGGCUCCAGCACGACUAGAAAAGGGCCUUAUCUGUGAACGACUACUAUAAUAGUGUUUCCAGCAGAACCCAACCCCUCUCGAACACCUUUACUGACCUUUACUACUUACCUACCUUUGUGUUUCCUUUCCAUAACUGGAACAAAUUCAAUAUCUUCACAAAAUUGACUUGCUCCUGUCUUCUUUUUUAACUUCUUAUCAUCUUUUGUGUCUGCCCAUCCAUUUCUUAGCAAGACUCAUGUAUUAAUUGCCGUUUGUUUCUGGCAUGGAACAGAUCCGGAUUCCUUCCCCGUCCUCUAUUCUGGACCCUCUUCCCACUGUUGCUUCUGCUGGGCGUUCCAAAGUACCCGCCUCCACUCAGAAGGGAGCAUCAGCGCAGACCGCUACAUUUGUUGCUGCUAACAAACCUAAGCAGUCAAAAAGCCGUAAUGGUUGUAUCACCUGCAAGACAAAACGACUCAAAUGCGACGAAUCAAAGCCUACCUGUCUUCAAUGCAAGAAACGAAAUGUGGAAUGUGGAGGAUAUAAGAGAGAUUUUAAAUGGCGCCCCUUUGGAGAAAGCAGUGUUCCUGCUAGAAACACUGUUCCAAAAGGCAAGAAAGUUACCUCAUCUCCUACUACAGGGAAGCCUACCCUACACAAUUUCAUGACAGCUCAUACUCAGCACGGUGGUAUAAAGCCUCCCUCAUUGGAUACAAAUGAGUCACUUUGUUCUCAACAAAGCUCUCCGCGUAAUAUUCCUUCCCGUCGUUCAAGCCGUUCUUCGGCUACGCAGAAAGAUCUGUCAGCGUCAAUGGACCAGCUGCUUGGAUACUCCUUUCCAGAGAGCCUCAACGAAGAUGACCUUGUACCACAGCUGGCAGAGAUUACACCACCAGAUCAGUCUCCGUGGUUAUCAGACUUGCUAUUUUCUUCCACAACAAAUCGUGAGCACGCUGCCUUCAUAGGAACCAUGCCUGAAGCCCCACACGGAAAUGAAAUCUUUAGCUUUGAAGCCUUGCUCGAGGGGGAUGGCGAUGAAAUUGAGGAAAUUACACGGCUUCCUGAUAGAGCUAUAGGAGCUGAGAUAUUCGACUUCUCUGAAAUGACCAUGUCCCCGCAUACUGAACAAACGAAUGUGGCACCUAGCCUGUCUAGAGAGCCUGUAUUUAGCGCAGAAAGUCCUGAAAUGUUGGUCCUGCAUUUCGAUAGAUCUACUUGCGGAAUACUAUCUGUGAAAGAUGGUAUUCACGAAAAUCCAUGGCGCACCCUAGUGUGGCCGUUAGCUAAGGACACCCCUGCUUUGCACCACGCAAUCUUCGCGUUAGCCGCCUUCCAUUCAAGCAAGGAAAAUCCAUCAUUACGUGUUCAUGGAGUGAAUCACAUGCGUCAGAGCAUCACCUGUAUGGUGCAAGAUAUCCAAAGUAUGAGAGCUGAUUCUGCAUUGGCCACAAGUCUAGCACUUGCUUUUGCAGAUACUUGGGACCAGCACACGCGAACGUGCAUUCAACACCUCCGGGGUGCAAAAGCGUUGGUAUCUCAGGUUGUAGAAUUUGGGCUACAAGGAGGGGUCUUUGGGGGUGAUCUCAGCAGGGUUCGGUUUCUGUAUAACACUUGGCAAUAUAUGGAUGUUAUUGCUCGUUUGACUUCUCGUGAGGAGAAUGGAGAGCGGGAAUUCGAUGCCCCUUUUUUGCAGCUCCCUGAUAAUACCGUGCAUGAAAUUGACCCUUUGAUGGGCUGUGCUACCACUCUUUUCCCACUGAUCAACCAGGUUGCCCGGCUAAUCCAACGAGUCCGCCAAACCGAAUCCAACUCAAUAUCCCUCAUCUCCCAAGCUAUCGAGCUGAAGCGAUUGGUAGAGCAGUGGGAACCGUCGGAUUGGUUUGAGCCUCCGGAGGAUCCAACCUCCGAAGUACAGCACAGUAUUCAGACCGCGCAUGCGUAUCGUUGGGCUACUCUGUUGUAUCUUUAUCAGGCAGUUCCCGAGAUGCCUUCAGAACCAGCGUCAGUGUUAGCAAAACGGGUUUUAAUUCUUCUUGCCACCGUGCCCCCUAGUUCUCGUACGACGAUCAUCCAGAUGUUUCCCCUUCUAGUCGCUGGUUGCGAAACAGAUCAAGAGGAGGAUCGGAAUUGGGUGCUCAUUCGCUGGAGUGCAAUCCAGUCCCGACUAAUGCUAGGAUCUAUUGAUCGAUGUAUCGAAGUAGUUCGGGAGGUCUGGGCUCGUCGAGAUGCGAACGAAGUCGAAAAGCAGCGGCGGCAGCAACUCCGAGGAGUCAGCCGCUCCGGAAAUCCUGUUGCAGAGGCGCUUGGGAAAGACCGGGUUUUCUACAGCGGUCGAGGUAUGGUAGCUUCUUCCCGACGGAGAUCCGCAGUGUCUUCUUUGGAGAAUAUUGAAUUCGACAGGACGGUGCGAGGGAGAUCGCAUUGGGUUUAUGUAAUGCAAGAAUGGGGUUGGGAAGUAUUCCUAGGGUAAGAGCAUCAUUUACCAAGUCGAAAUGCGGAAUCUUCCUUGGUAGCUAGCUUUUUAACACCAACGCGGUUAUUCUUUCCGCCACCUGCACAAGUCCUCUCAGGUUGAGAAUUUCGAAAAGGCUGGCGAGCCAUAUGGGGCGUGAUCCCUUUGAGUUCAGUUUCGGAUUCAGACGCAAGAGGGCUAUCCUCCAAGUACAUGCGAAGCGAAGCCAAAUACGGCUCCAGAUCACUUGUGAUUG